UUACCUGCAGACUCACCUAUCACUCACCUGCUCCCGCGGCGUUGCCUCCUCAGUGACCGUGUGUCUGGAAACCGGCAACAAACACCUGCACUCAGUAAGAUUUACAGUCUUGGAUUGUAACUUCAGAUCAAUAGAUUUCAAAAGCACACCGGAGUUUAUAUCGUCCUAGCUGUCUGCAGGUUGAGAUGGCAGGCUGAUGCUACAGGCACCGAAUCGCCCACGUUUGACACCUAGAGCAUCUCGUCCGGAAAAACAAACAAACAUAACACUGUGGAUGCCUGAAAUCAUGAGUGUGCAGGGACCUCAGCCGAGGCAAACCAAUGGAGUGGCCAGAUCGGACAGCAAGAUCAGCGCCAAGGCCCUUUAUGAACAAAGGAAAAAAUACUCCAACUCCAAUUACAUCAUGCAUGAGACGUCACAGUAUCAUGUAGAGCAUCUCUCCACAUUCAUCAUGGACAAAACAGAGUCCAUCAUUACAGUGGACGAUGCUGUCAAGAAAUUGGUUCUUCUGGACACCAAAGACAAAAUCUGGACCCAGGAGAUGCUCCUGCAGGUCGAUGACAAGGCAGUCAGACUUCUGGACUGUGACACACAGGAGGAGUUGGAGAACUUUCCUCUCCCCACCAUCAACAUGAGUCAGACGGUUCUGAAUCAAACACGUUAUCCCUCUGUGCUGCUGCUGGUGUGCCAGGACAAGGAGCAGCACAAUCCCGACAUCCACUUUUUCCACUGUGACGAGGUGGAGGCUGAGAUGGUUCAUGCAGAUAUAGACAGUGCCAUUGGAGACAACAGACACGGGAAGAAAAUGAGGCUACAAACGCUGAAGGUGAACCAGGAGAAAAUGAAGCGGCACAGAGAAACCAUCCUCCCUCCUUCGGCCCCCAAGGCCGCCCCACCUGCUGCGAAGGGAAGAGUUGCAGCAACAAAACCACCAGAGAGACAAGCCUCACAAAAUGACCCUGAGUCACACGCAAAGCUGGCUCAGCGCAUUGAGAAGGAUGUGCAAAUCCUCAACUGUGCCCUGGAUGAUAUCGAGCUCUUCGUGUCACGGCUGCAAAAGGCAGCAGAGGCCUUUUCCCAGCUCAACAACCGCAACAAGAGUAAGAAGAAUAAGAAGAAAGGACCAGCAGAGGGCAUGCUGACUCUACGAGCUAAGCCCCCCACUGAAGCAGAGUUUAUUGAUAGUCUGCAGAAACUGAAGCUGGCCUUCAACCUCUUGGCCAAACUGAAGAAACACAUACAGAAUCCAAGUGCGUCUGAGCUGGUUCAUUUCCUCUUUGGCCCUCUGGAGCUGGUGCUGCAGAGCUGUGGAAGUCCUGACCUGGUACGUUCUGUAAUUUCCCCUCACCUUUCCAAAGACGCUGUGGACUUCCUGCGAGGACACCUCAGCCCCAAAGAGAUGACCAUCUUUGAGCUGUUGGGCGAUGGAUGGACCAAACCCAGAGCAGAGUGGCCAAGGGAUCAGUGCGCUCCUCCUUAUUACCCAAAGUUUCGAAAUGGUUGGGAACCAGCCCAAGAGCUCUUCAGGACAGCUCCAUGGGAAACAGAGGGAGCCAUGGGGCCUCUGGGCUCUCCCACCAGCCCAGAUUACAGAAAACACUCAACUGAAGACUAUUAUGGAACUCAUUCCUCAAGCUCAUCAAAUGGGUCUUAUAACGGGAUGCCCCACAGCCGGAAGUAUGCCAAAAUCCGCUACCACUUUGUGGCACGAAACGCCAACGAGCUGUCAGUGCUGCAGGAUGAAAUCCUAGAGGUGGUGGAGGAUGACAAACAGUGGUGGAAGCUAAGAAAUCGCAGCGGCCAGUCUGGCUAUGUCCCAUUUAACAUCCUGGAUGUUGUGAAGAUAGAGGAGCCAGAAGGUGUUUUUAGCCAGCAAGGCUACAGGACGUCACCUCCUGGUACCCUGAGCCAUGGAGACAGCUUCAACAGAGGAAGAGGAAAAGAUAAAAUGAUGGAUGAAGUCAACAAUGAGUUAUUGUUGAAGAUAACAGCUAACAAACAGCAGCCCACCAGAAAGUUCAGAGUGGAGAAACCAUCCGCCAACCAAGUACCACUCACAUUUGAGUCAACUGCAGAGCAGGUGACCACAUGGCUCACCACGAAAGGUUUCUCCAAAUCCACUAUUGAGUGUUUGGGGAUCCUGACCGGAGCCCAGCUGUUUUCUCUCAACAAAGAGGAGCUGAAGGCCGUGUGUGGAGACGAAGGCGGUCGUGUCUUCUGUCAGGCCACCGUGCAGAAGGCACAGCUUGAGAAGUCCAGUGGGGACAGCGAGCUGCAGGAGGUCAUGAAGAGGAGGCAGGAGAGGAUCGACUCUGGCGGCACAGACUGAUAGAAAACCCAUCAGGACUAUUCCCUCCCCUCGUCUUUUACUGCUGCAGCUUCUCCAAUCAGUCUGUUAAUUAUGACCUCCUGAAACGUUGUAUACAUUUGUAGUUGUAUAUUUAUUUUUUAUCAACAAAUGUGUAUGUAUCCAAGUGUUUUAAUAUGUAAUUAUAGUUGCUUUGGUUCUCUUCGCCUCAAUCAGUUCUGUUGUAUGCAAAGAGGAACAUAUGAAUAUAUAUGUACAGUUUUUUGUGUUCGUGUAUGUGUGAGCGGGGUGCAUGUAACAUAUGAAUAUGUACAAGCAGUGUCUUUAAUGUCUAUGCUUGAUGUCAUUAUUGCAGCUGUUUACUGAAUGACUUUGCUUUCACGUAUCUAAAUCUGUGCCAGAAUUUGUGACACAUUUUCUGAUAUUUAGCCAAUAAGUUUCAUAUCAGUGUGUACAGGUAAAAACAGAUAAAAACACACACACACACACACACACACACACACACACACACACACACACACACACACACACACACUAUGUUAGUCCAAGCUGAUAUCAAGUUCAUAGUCAGGAUUCAGGCAAGCUUGCAGCACAGAGAAACUGUCUUUAAUCCUGCAUGAAGGAAAUGCUAGUGGUGAGAUAUAUAAAUAUAUGAGAGUACAUACGGAUAAAAAAAAAAAAUUGACACACUAUUUGUUUGGUGGCUGUAAAUAUAACGGAAAGGACUUUAACAUGAGUAUAAUUAAAAAUAAACUUGUUAAAUAUUUGAUAUCA